AGAAAGCCAGUCACGCUCAGCUUGAAGACUUUUCUCUCAAGAAAAGCAACCUGCCAACUGCAAACCACUAACACUUACACUACACCACAACCAUGUCUGAGUACGAGCACUAUACGACUCCUCUGACUGCUAGAUAUGCGUCUGAGGACAUGUCUCGCCUCUUCUCUCGUGAGACCCGUAUCAACACGUGGAGAGAACUGUGGUUGAACCUUGCCAUUGCUGAGCGUGAACUUGGUUUGAACCAGGUCACUGCUGAGGCUAUCGAGCAGUUGAAGGCUCACGUUAAGAUUACUCCUGAGGAGUUCGACAUUGCAGCUGAGGAAGAGAAGCGUCGUCGUCACGACGUUAUGGCACACAUCUAUACCUACGGUUUGGCUGCUCCUGCCGCCGCUGGUAUCAUUCACUUGGGUGCUACUAGUUGCUUCGUCACUGACAACGCUGACCUUAUCUUCUUGCGUAAGGGUAUGGAUAUUCUCAUUAAGAAGCUUGUCAAUGUUAUCGACCGUCUUGCAAAAUGGGCUCUUAAGUACAAGGACAUGCCUACUCUUGGUUUCACUCACUACCAACCUGCUCAAUUGACUACGGUUGGCAAGCGUGCUACUCUUUGGUUGCAAGAGCUCCUUUGGGAUUUGCGUAACCUCACCCGUGCCCGUAAUGACAUUGGUUUCCGUGGUGUCAAGGGUACUACUGGUACCCAGGCCUCUUUCUUGGCCCUUUUCAACGGUGACCAUGACAAGGUCGAGAAGCUCGACAAGCUUUGCAGUAAGCUUUGUGGCUUCGACAACGUCUACCCUGUUUGUGGUCAGACUUACUCUCGUAAAAUCGAUAUUGAUGUCCUUCAACCUUUGGCUUCUUUUGCUGCAACUGCCCACAAGAUUGCUACUGACAUCCGUCUUCUCGCUAACUUGAAGGAGCUUGAAGAGCCCUUCGAGACUAGUCAGAUUGGUAGUUCCGCCAUGGCUUACAAGCGUAACCCCAUGCGUUGCGAGCGUAUCUGCUCUCAGGCCCGUUACAUCAUGAACCUUAUCCCCAACUCUCUCCAAACUGCUUCGGUUCAGUGGUUUGAGCGUACCUUGGAUGACAGUUCCAACCGUCGUUCCUUAAUUCCCGAGGCUUUCUUGUUCACCGACAGUGUCUUGAAGAUUCUCCUCAACGUUAUCUCCGGUUUUGUUGUUUACCCCAAGGUUGUUGAGAAGCAUAUCCGUGCUGAGUUGCCUUUCAUGGCUACCGAGAACAUUAUCAUGGCCAUGGUUCGUCACGGUGCCAGCCGUCAAGAAUGCCACGAAGAGAUUCGUGUCUUGUCUCACCAAGCUGGUUAUGUCGUGAAGCAGGAGGGUGGUGACAAUGACUUGAUCGAGCGUAUCAAGAAGACUCCUUACUUCAAGCCCAUCUACGAUGAGUUGGACAAGUUAUUGGACGCUUCCACCUUCGUCGGCCGUGCACCCGAGCAAACUGAGAAGUUUGUUAAGGAGGAUGUUGCUGUCGCCCUCAAGCCUUUUGCCGAUCUUAUUACUGAUGACCGUGUUGAGUUGUCUGUGUAAGUUACAAAACCUAAAACUUUUUUUUUGAAUAUAUAGCCCCCCACUUUUAAUACAAAAUCAAGCAUAAACGCUUUGCGAAGGCUUUGCGUUCUUCCAAAA